CCCGUUUCUCUUUUUCAAACCCUUUUUUUUCUUUUCUCCCAUUAAAAAGUUCCAAUUUUUUUAAGCUGGGUCAUUUUUUUUUUUAAUUUUGUUUUUCUUCUUCGUCUCUUUCUUCUAAUCUUCUCCACUUCCUUUCUCGCGCUUCCAAGUCUCAACACCCCACUCACCCACUGAACGCAGAUAAAGUUUGGUUCUUUCAAGCUGUUUCUCUCCCUCACUAGAGUUGAUUGGGGGGUUAGACCGAGAAGAAUCCAGAGAAGGAUAUGAUUAUGUUUGAAAAGCAUGUAGUUUAGCUAUUUUUGGUUAAAAUUUCCACAAAUGGAAGUUAGGAUCCGUUGUUGUUGACCAGAUCUGACUAUUCCCCAUUUCACUUUCACCACCUUUUAACUAGCCCAUGCUUUGCACAGACUGAAUUGCCUCCAUCCUUGGCCUUAUAAGGCUUCUUAGACAUGGAAAGUGAUCUAUUAAAGUCCACGCUUCACAUUCCAAGAUCAUUUUCAAUCAGUAAAGCUGGCAAUCAAUUAGUUGAAAUAUGAAGGGUUGUGUAGUAUCAAAAGGGUGGGAGGGUAACUUUUCGUACUGCCUGGAUAAGGAUUCUGAUGGAGGAGAUGUCGACUACGGUUGCAGUGCCAUUAACAGUAGGUAAUUCGGUGUGUGAUAAGCCAACCAUAGCUACCCACAUGGAUGUAUCUAGACUUAAGCUGAUGACUGAUACGGGGUUGUUAAGUAAUUCUGUAACAGCGGUUUCUACUGAAACGUUUAUAGGCUCUAAUGAGGAUCAUAAUGUUGGCAAUCUUGAGGAUGAAGUUGGUAGUACAACAGUCACACCAUCAAAAAAGGGAAGUGAAGGAGAAAUUCCUCUGGAUGAUAUGAUAUCCCAGAAUAAAAGCACUUUGGUUGGUGGUGAUGAAGCUUCAACCCCAGAAAUCGAGGAGGAUGAUACCUUAUCAUUGGAAGGUGAUCCAAUUAUUGAUAGCUCCUGUUCUCUUUCAGCAGCCAGUGAGAACAGUAGUAUUUGUGGAGAUGAGUUCAUCAAUUCGGAGGCCAAUCCGGAUUUAGGAACAAGAAGUUCCGUAGACAUAGGAAAGAGCAUGUGCGCUGUUGAUGCUGUUGCCAGGGCUGCUGAUUUAGGGGAGUCCAAUUAUGAGGCAGAUAUUAUGAGUGAACCCCUUGCUGUAACGGUGAGCCUUGAAGAAGAGGCAGUAGUUGGAUCUGUCACAAAGCCUACUACAGUUGUUCUUCAUCAGCUACCGCUAGAAAAAGCGGUGGCUGGAACAGGUGGUCGAAGUGUUUUUGAAUUGGACUGUACCCCGCUUUGGGGAUUUAUAUCUUUGUGUGGAAAAAGACCCGAGAUGGAAGACGCAUUUGCAACAGUACCCCGAUUCAUGAAGAUUCCUAUUGAAAUGCUAAUUGGUGAUAGGGUAAUCGAUGGACUGAAUAAAAGUUUGAGUCAGCAAACAAUUCAUUUCUUUGGAGUCUAUGAUGGCCAUGGUGGCUCUCAGGUGGCAAACUAUUGUCGUGAGCGUAUGCAUUUGGCGUUGGCAGAGGAAAUAGAAUUAGUCAAGGAAGGUCUAAUAGUUGGAAGUAGCAAGGAUGAUUGUCAAGACCAAUGGAAAAAAGCUUUCACCAAUUGCUUUUUGAAGGUUGAUGCUGAAGUUGGGGGAAAAGUUAACAAUGAACCUGUUGCACCGGAGACUGUCGGAUCAACUGCAGUUGUUGCUGCUAUCUGUUCAUCUCAUAUCAUUGUUUCAAACUGUGGUGAUUCAAGAGCAGUUUUGUGCCGUGGCAAAGAGCCCAUGGCUUUAUCUGUUGACCAUAAACCCAAUCGAGAUGAUGAAUACGCAAGAAUUGAGGCAGCAGGAGGGAAGGUGAUCCAGUGGAAUGGUCAUCGUGUAUUUGGUGUCCUUGCAAUGUCACGAUCUAUCGGUGAUAGAUAUUUGAAGCCAUGGAUCAUUCCGGAGCCGGAAGUUACGUUUCUUCCCCGGACGAAAGACGACGAAUGCCUCAUUCUGGCGAGUGAUGGCCUGUGGGAUGUCAUGACGAAUGAAGAGGUGUGCGACCUAGCUAGGAAGCGAAUACUUCUGUGGCACAAGAAAAAUGGCCUGACACUGCCACCAGAAAGGGGAGAGGGAGUUGAUCCUGCAGCACAAGCGGCCGCAGAGUACCUAUCGAGCCGUGCCCUACAGAAGGGAAGCAAAGAUAACAUCACAGUAAUUGUGGUGGACUUAAAAGCUCAAAGAAAAUUCAAGAGCAAGACAUGACAUCUUCUUUCAACCCCAAAACUUGGGUGUUUGAAGAUGAUCAUUGUACUAUAUAGAAGAAAAGCUUAAACAUAAUCCAAAAAUAUAUAAUAGCUUUGCCCUUUAAUUUUUUCCCCCCUUAUUAUUUGGGCAUCUUCUUGGAUUUAAGAAUAGAACUGUGUACUAUAUACAGCAUCCAUUUCCCUGUCUCUUUCCCCUUAGAAAAACUGUCAACUGAUCAAAAGAGUCUCCUUUUACAAUUGUGCCACAUUGGGGCUAUGUAAAUCUUAGCUGAUUAUUGUAGGAAUAGGAGACAAAUUCCAAUGCCUUUUGACAUAUCCGUGUCAGCAUAUUGUAUUCAUUAUUAUGCCUCCGAGUGUGAAAUGCUCGGUGAGAUGUUUUACUGAAUAUUGUUUGUCUCUGUUGUUUAUAAAGAAGAAAAAGUGGUAGCUAAUUGGCAUUGUGAUUUUUUCA